AUGCCAAUCAAUCCAGCAAUAAAAUGGACUGCACGAAAAGAAGAGCAGAAUACUGGUGGCAGACAAGAAAGAGGAUUUCUUACGCCAGAUGACAAUAUUUUGAAGCAGUAUGCGGAUCGACUACGGCGCAUGAGCACUCUGUCUCGCAGUGACGCAAUUCAAGGAUAUCAGCCAAUUAAGCAGGUUUCUAACCCAUUGCCGCAACAUCCACGAAUCUAUGAGCGAGGACAUGAGCAUUCGCGAUCAUGGAAUGUCGAAACAGGCCGUGAAUCGUCACCACCAUUGCAAAAUGAUUACAAUUACUAUCAGAGGAAUGAAAUUUAUCCCGAAGAACGCACAUUUAUACCUGUGAUUAAUGAGCCAUCAAACAAUCAUUUAAGCGUUCGACAAUUUCCCAGGCAGGCAAAAUCGUUUGACGAAAGAAGUGGUUCGCCACGCGACAUGCGACGGAUGUCUACGGAUAGGCGGACGGUCUCUUUGACUCGGCAAAGUACGGCACAACAUUUACAACCGGAGACCCCUGUUGCAGCUGCUUGUCAAUCCCUGUGGGCUGCAAAAGGCCAUUUGGAGGAAUUGCAUGCUCUGGGAAUUUCUGACCCUUCUUCCGCUUCCACCUCUUUUGAAUCGAAUACAGAUAACAGCCCAGCGCCAGGGAAUGGAGCAGCAGGCAAAGCACGAGAAGAAGGGGCGGAUAAGAAGCGCAUGCAAUACAAAUCACUUUUCCUUCGACGAAAGUUUUUGUCGACAGCUGCUGUGUCAAGCAUGGACAGCACAAAUUCUACAGAAUCGAGUGCACCAGAAGCAAUUUUUGCAAGCAGCGUGGACAGUGCGGGCAGUGAUUUAGAGCAUCGUAGAUUGUCACUGCUAAACCGUAUUCCAACGGGAAGUGUACCACAUUUGAAUACAAGACCAUAUCCAAAUAUCAACCCACCGCCAACUUCGCAUAGACGACGAUUGAACAAUCGCGAAAAUUUUAGUGUGGAUGCACAAAGCGACACACUUUUUCGUGAAUGGAGUAGGGUUGAUCCCGCAUACGAAGAAAGAGAUUUACAAGAACGUCGUGAUACACAGAACUCUCGAAGGUUGGGCAGAGGAGUAUCUGAGGAUCAAGCAUUGCGGCCUUCGAGAGCUCGGGUAUAUUCUCGGCAACUGACUGUGAAUCCUGGUGGGAACCCUUUGAUUCCAUACAUACGCUAUCCAGACGAGAUGAACUGCCCAAGGUGAUAUCGGCAAGCGGUGGCAUUUGUUGCAUGAACAACGUCUUCUUUAGCAGUCGCCACAAAUUACGAAGCGAUAACUCUUGGUUUCUCUUUAUGUGUAGGAUCUCGUUAUGAAUUCUUCUUUCGAUGCGCAUCUGAAUUCGUGUACUAUUUACCAAAUCUUUCCGUUUCGUUUUCCGCUUCUGUGGC